AUGCUAACUCCGCUGGCACGGCUUGCGCCAGUUUUGCCCCGUUUCAGCUCUCGUUUACUGGUUCGGUGCGUGUCCCAGUCGAAGCCGAGCGGUGCUGCCGGUGCGACUGCCGUGACCGAUCUACAGCAGGCUGCACCGAGUGGCAGCCAUGAAGAGGUCAGCCGUUUUGUCAAGAAUCCUGAUUACCAUGGCUUCUCCAGUGACCCAGUGGUUGAUGAAUGGAACAUGAGACUGGGGUUCUUCUUUGCCAUCUCUGUGUGUAUUGUCAUUGGAGGAACUUUCAUUCACUACUUACCAGACCAUGGGAUGCGCCAGUGGGCCAGAAGGGAAGCUGAACGCGUGAUUAUACAGAGAGAGAAAGAGGGUUUGCCUCUGAUAGAUGAAAACUAUUAUGACCCCAGCAAAAUUGUUCUGCCCAGUGCUGGAGAGGAAUAG